AUGCGGCCUGUUAGAACUUUACUGAUCGACAACUACGAUAGCUACACUUACAAUCUCUUUCAACAAAUUGCUGUUGUAAAUGGAGUGCCGCCAGUGGUAUUCCGCAACGAUGAGAUCGGUCUUAAAGCUAUCAAAUCCCUCAUUUCCAACAGAGACAUAGAUAAUAUCGUCGUUUCACCGGGACCUGGGACACCGAAAACGCAGCAAGAUGUCGGCGUCUCAUUGGACGUAUUGGCUGGCGAGAUUGGGGUGCCUGUGCUUGGCGUCUGCUUGGGCAUGCAAGCACUGGCGCAUGCGAAUGGUGCAGCAGUGGUGCGCGGGCCAGAGCCUGUGCAUGGUCGCCUGAGCAGCGUUCGCCAUACAGGCCACCCGCUGUUCAAGGGGAUACCUUCAGGCCCCGAUGGCAGCUUCACUGUGGUGAGGUACCAUUCUCUGGUGGUGGAUGAGGCUACGUUGCCGUCCCACCUUUCAUCCAUUGCCUGGACAUGUGGCGGGCACCAGGCCGUCAGACCGACCUGCCAUGAGGCGCCGUUGCUGCCCGCCUCACAAGGGCAUAGCAGGAGGGAUGUGGUCAUGGCUCUUGCCCACGCCCACAUGCCCCUGUACGGUGUGCAGUUCCACCCGGAGAGUGUGGCCACAUCCUAUGGGAAUGCCCUGCUCGCCAACUUCCGGGACAUGACAGCCGCGCACCAUGGCCUGCUUCUGCCACAUGAUAUGCCUCCAGCCAUAGCAAAUGGUGCUCCCCUCACACUCGCUGUUCUUAUGGUCUAUACCCAAAGGAUCAAGAAGCUCCUAAUGUGUGCAGUUUUGUCUGAAAAGAUCCGCUGCCUGUCCCCUUCAGGCCAUUCACACCAGGACAUACAACAGCGGACCAGGGCCACGCUGGAUGUAAGGUGGACCUGCCUCAAAGGUGUGAUGGAUGGGGAUGGCGAUGGUCAGCGCAUCUUUCAGGCCCUGUAUGGAGGCAACGGGGGCCGCGAUGCAUUCUGGCUGGACAGUGCUGCCACCGACAGGGGCCGCUUCUCCUACAUGGGUGGCAGAGAAGGGCUGCUGUGGCGCCGCAUCACUUACAAGCUGCCCGCUGCCGGUGAUCCCUCAGCUGACAACCCUGGCACUGUCUGCAUAGAGGAUGUGAACGGCGACACCAGCGAGGUGGCCACCCUGUGGUGGCCCUAUCUAGAGCAGCUUCUGCAGGACUUCACAUGCUCCUCUGAGGGUGAAGACGGCCGGGGCAAGCUGCCCUUUGAUUUCUGGGGCGGCCUGGUUGGCUACCUGGGCUACGAGCUGAAAGCAGAAUGUGGUGCACCAGCACCGUACCGCUCACCGCUGCCUGACGCUGCCUUCUUCCUGACAGACAGGCUUAUCGCUCUGGAUCAUCGCUGUGGGGAUGUUUAUUUGAUGACCCUUGUGCACCCUGAGGAUGCGGUAAGCACCUCAUCAGCCAAGGCGCAACACAGCAAUGGUCAUGCUGAGGUAUGGUAUCUGGUUGCAAAGCUUGCGUGCCUUCUUUACUUUGCCGCUGUGAUGUGUUUUGGCUGGCUGGUACAUGCUUCUGAGAGAGAGCCUGGGACCGCAAUGCAGACAUGCGAACGAGUUGAGCGGCAGCCGGAGAUUGAGCCCUUCCGACUGCAUCGGACGCGCGAUACCUACAUGGCGGAUGUCCAAGCCUGCAAGGAUGCUCUGUAUGCGGGAGAGAGCUAUGAGCUGUGCCUGACAACCGCGCUGUCCCGUCGCGGAGCGCCACGCAAGGCCCUGGACCUGUACACCAUCCUGCGCCGCCUCAGCCCUGCCCCCUACGCAGCCUUCCUGUCAUUUGGCGAUGAAGGGCCACGAGUAUGCUGUUCCUCUCCGGAGCGCUUUCUGAGAGGCAGCAGAAACGGCGAUCUGGAGGCGCGGCCCAUCAAGGGCACAGCAUCACGCUGCCAGGAUGCAGCAGCGGAUGCGGCGGCGGCAGCAGCUCUGGCCGCGUCUGAGAAGGACCAGGCCGAGAACCUGAUGAUUGUUGACCUCUUGCGCAACGAUCUUGGACGGGUCUGCCAGGUGGGCAGUGUGCAUGUGCCGGUGCUCAUGGAGGUGGAGAGCUAUGCAGUGCACAGCCUGGUGAGCACAGUGCGGGGCAGGCGCAGGCCGGAGACGUCCAUUGUGCAGUGCCUGCAAGCCACCUUCCCGGGAGGCUCCAUGACUGGGGCGCCCAAGCUGCGCAGCAUGGAGAUCCUCGACAGGCUGGAGAAGGAGGCGAGGAGUGUGUACUCCGGGUCGUUGGGCUUCAUUGGCUUCAACAAUGCCUUUGACUUGAAUAUUGUGAUCAGAACAGCAAUCUUGAAUGGGAAUCACAUAAGGAUUGGGGCCGGAGGAGCUGUGGUUAUACAGUCCGAGCCUGAGGCAGAGUAUGAGGAGAUGCGGCUGAAGGCACAUGCCCUGAUGAGAGCAAUAGGGGAGUGUGAUGGCGGCAAGGGGCCUGCUGCAGUAGAAGAUGGUUUGCCAUUUGCAAGCAUCUAG